AUGGCGGCCAGCUGGGUGUCUCUCAUGCUGGACUUUCUCAGCUCAUCAUUUUUCGAAAUUUCGCCCUCGCAAAUCCUCACAACGGUUUUCUGUACGGUUCUUCUCGGGGUUUUCUUGGGCCGCAAGAGGAAGAAAAACCUCCCGCCCUCACCGGCGGGGAGCUGGCCCGUUGUCGGCCACCUGCCGCUGAUCGGGAGCCGCGCGCCGUACCAGAAGCUGACGGAAUGGAGGAGUCGGUACGGGGACGUCUACAGCAUCAGGAUGGGGACGUCUGACGUGGUCGUGCUGAACGGUUACCGCGCCGUCAGGGAGGCAUUGGUCGACAACAGGGAAGUUUUCGCCGACAGACCGGACAACUACAUCGUAGACGGUAUGUCCGGCUGGGGUCAAGGUAUUGCCACCACCAAGUGGAGCCAGUCCUACCGGGAGAGGAGACGGUUCGCCACCGCCGCUCUGAAGUCUCUCGGAAUGAAGGCGGGAAGCGACACGGUCGAGAAAAACGUCUUGGAAGAAGUGCACAGUCUUCGAGAUCGGAUAUCGGAGACUAAGGGACGACCCAUUUUUCUGUCGGAGGACCUGAGUAUCGCCACAGCCAACGUCAUAGCCUCGAUGGUGUUCGGCAGGCGUUUUGAGUACGAUGAUUCGUACAUCCGCGGCCUGACGGACGCCCUGUUGCUAGCCUACAUCAAGAUCGGGGACAGCCAGGCUAUCAACCUGUUCCCCCUGCUACGGUUCGUGCCAAUCGGUGAGGAGGUAGGGUGGGAAGCACUCGACUGCGGCAGGAAGGUGGACGACUUCAUCCGGGAGGAGAUACAGCGGCAUCGCGAAACCGCGCCCUCUAGCGGCGAGCCCAGGGACUUCAUCGACCUGUGUCUACUGGAGAUCGACAAGGACAAGGUGGAUGUGACGUCAGGGGCGGGACUUACCGAGGAACACAUGGUCUUCAUGGUGCACGACCUUUUCUUCGCGGGGAUUGAGACCAUCCAUUCCACCUUGCUCUGGGGCUUUCUGUACUUGGCGACGCACCAGGACAUCCAGGAGAAGGUCCAAGCUGAGCUCGACAGUGUGAUGGGACAAGACCCCUCCUCCGACCUGACGCUGGCCCAUCGUCCCCAGCUGCCUUACACCGAGGCUACCCUGAUGGAGGUGCAGCGUAUCCGCUAUGUCGUCCCGCUCAGCAUCCCACACGCCACCGCCGCUGACGUAACCUUCCGCGGCUACCAGCUACCGGCAGGGACUACGGUUAUUGCCAACCUGUGGUCAAUCCACAUGGAUCCGGAAUACUGGCCGGAUCCGGAACGAUUCGACCCGGAAAGGUUCCUAGAUGUGGAGGGAGAGGUCAUCAACAAUCCGGAUUCAUUCUUACCCUUCUCUGCUGGUCGCCGCGUCUGCCUUGGCGGACUACUGGCAAAGAUGGAGCUCUUCCUCGUAUUCGCGUCAUUGCUGCGGCACUUCACCUUUCAGCUGCCAGAGGGCGCUGCAGUGCCGUCCACGUUGGGGUGCUUUGGCAUCACCAUGUCUCCUCGUCCCUUCCAGCUGUGCGUCCGCUCACGCUGACAUGUUUCCAACCAUCACGCCUUGUCAUGCUGUAUACUGCACACUUGUCGACUUUCUGCUUGGCAACUAAUGCGGUUGACAUUAUUCACUUCUGCCCUACUGUAUUUUGGGUGCUGUUGGUGUGUGUGUGAUUUGAAUAUUUGAAAGAAGUCACAACAAAUGAAGUCACAACAAUUCUGGAGCCU